AGCAGGCAGUGCAAGCCUCCUAGGGGAGGUGGUCCAGGCACUCGGGAUUAGGGUCUUGGGGACAGAGCGGCGAUUCCUGCUCAUUUUCAUUCAGUGUGGGCACAUGUUCACAUUAGCCAACUCCACACGCUCAUGCUGGGUGAACGGUGAUGGACAGGGCCAGCCCACUGCCCCAGAGAAGCUGGAAGUCUAAGGGAGGAGUCAGAAAGUGAAAGCAGAUGGAUUCCUGAGAGACAAGCAAAGUACCAUGGAAACUGGGGAGGGCCUUGGGGUUACCAUGUGUGAUGAAGAAACAAGGAAGGGAGGCUUCUCAGAGGAGGUGGGCCUGGAAGAGAAUGGAGGAUCUGGAUAAGAGAAGAUCAUCCUCGUGUUGCUGCCUGAUAGCAGUCUUUGAGAGGUCUAAGUCUGGCUUUGAAGGACAUGGCCGGACCCAGCAAGGAACCCUCAGCUACUUGAAUCAUAAACAAGUUCUUACAGGGGGAUACCCAUCCACAAUGGUCUGGCCCUGUGCGUGGGGGGGAGUGAGGAGCAGAAGAGACUGUCAUGCCUGGCUCCUGGAGAAACACGUGUUACCAAGACCCAACUGCUUAUGGAUUCCAGGCAAACGGAAAGGUCAGCCAGCUCUGCAGCAGCUGGCGGCCCAGGCUCCAGACCCCAGUGCUCCUGCCAGAGAGGAUAGACUGAGGCCAGAGGCAAGCAAGGCAGGUCCCACCCCGCUGCCACACAACAGCUGGUCCUCCCCAGCCCCCGUGGCUGUGCAUUCCUUCAGCACUUGCUGCGCAGCCCUACUUGGCGCUCCAUUAAUUUGCAAGUCUGCUUUGUAAGUGUUCUUUUGUCUUUCCUAUCCCUAGCUGUCCAGACUUCCCCACCCAACCUGGCUCCAGAGGGUGAGGGGACCCCUCCCACCAGCCCUGAAGUCUUCCACCAAAGAACUCUGGGCAGCAGAGCACCACUCCACAGGAAAGAGAGGCUGGAUGGUGCCAGAUGCCAAGCGUGGAGGAACAGGAAGACAACAGCAUCCUCGCUUUCUAUGUGGGAAACUGAGGCUGGAAAAGCAUGCUUUCCUGUUAGAAGUCUCAGCUGACCCCGCCUCUCCCGUCAUCCAGUCCCAUGGUUUUAUAGUGGGUGUGAGAUUAAUAAAUCUUUGCACGUACAAACUGAAUCUUAUCUAUCUUCAUAUUCUCGAGGGAACUGGGACUGGACUUUUCUCCCUCAAAAUCAUCCCAGGAGCCCCCAGAAAGGAUCAACUACUUUCUAAGCUGCAUGGGGGGGGGCAGACUACUGACUUCUUAUUAGCCUACCCUGGAGCUUCCUUAGCGGAUGGAAGAGGCGGUCAUGCAGCACUCCAGACACUAGGUUGGGAAGGGCGCACAGCCAAAAUAAUCCUCAUGCCACCUCCCAUAACUCCUAAACCAAUGCAAGCCGGCAAAGCAACGGCCUGCCAACUCUCCUUCAACUCUUUACAGACUCCGUUCCUACGCGGACUGGAAGCAUCACAGAUCAUGUUCCUCUCCAGAAAACUUCUGCCAAAGGACGAGCCUCUGGCUGGCCUUGGCGGAACCAGUUUUCUACUCACUUCUGCAUGAGUCUCCAGGUUCCUGUGAACUGUACUGAGGGUGCCUGAUACUCAGACAGGGAUGAGGUUUGGAGCUUUGGGGCCUGCUCCUGCUGUCUGCAAUGGAUUAGCCUAGUUUAUCCCAGCAAGCCAUGUUCUCUCAGGCCAUAAAACCCAGAGUCAGGGUUUCUGGAUUCCUCGGCUGCUUGAUGACAGCAGACUGGCCAGGUGAGACCCCAUUCUCCCUCAGCAGCUUUUCCUGAGCCUUAGAUAGCAGCGAGUCCCAGGCUUUGCUGGUUUCCACUGUCCUUUGAUGCCUAUGUGUCUAAGAUCUACCUGAUCUGCCAGGUGAGGGCUCCGUCCCACCAGAUUUGCACAAGUGACAGGUGACUAACAUCCUCCAUGCUCCCCCCACCCCCAGGCUUCAGCACUGAAGAAAACCAUACCCGCUUCACCUGCUCCUGGCCUACAUGUCUGUACUUGCAGUCACUGGUAUUUGGGGACAGCCUUAGUUCAGGGCUUAUACGCAAGGCCGGGACACAAAGGAUUACCCUCCUCAAAUCUACUUUCGUUCUUGCUUAUUUGUUGUAGGUUUCCAGACUAAACUGACUUUCUUUUCUUCCUUCCUUCCCUUCCUUUCCUCCUUUCUUAAUGUGUUUUUAAAACAGGGUUUCAUAUAUUAGCCCAGGCUGGGACUCACUAUGUAGUCCAGGCUACCUUCAAACUCAUGACAAUCCUCCUGCUUCAGCCUUCUGAGUUCUAGGCCACCAUCCCAGUUCCAGAUGAAUAAUUUUCAAUCUCAGUGCUCAGAUACAGAGGGUCUCUCUGAUGGACUAGAGGGUCUCUCUGAUGGGCACACAGGACCCUCAUUCCUUUGCCUCAAUGGGCAAUGCUUUCCUUCAAGCAAGCUGGGUCCUAGGGGGUCCCCACAAGGCAGGUGUCCAAAAGAAAGAGGUGACCACCUGCUUAACAGCACAUGCAUGUACCGACCAGGCUCUGUGCCUCUA